CUUGCGAUGGGCAGCGAGAGUUUUGACGGAAAUAAACACAACACAACAUCCGAUCCGAGAAUUUGGAUAACAGGAACCUAGUUCUGUUUUUAGUGGUAUUUCAAAUUUAACAGGUGCUGCUGACUUCAAAUUUAGGAUGCACAGAUCCAAGAUUCAUGUUCUCCCAGUAGCGUUGCUGAUGUUGCUGGUUAGAGGAAAAAGUGAAUUUACAGAGGCUGCGACCAUAGAUCAGGACUACGGAUGCACCGAUCGGAACAAGACGUACAGAUACCCACAGGAAGAGUGGUAUGAACCAUCUACGUGCCAGAAUUGCUUAUGCGAGAAGGGUCAGAUCACUUGUCAUCUAGCGAACGUAACCUGUCCCAAGGCGCCAGGUCCUUCGUGUACACCUGUGCAAGUUGGUGGAUGCUGUCCAGUUUGGCACUGCGGUGAGAAAUUGUGUCAAGGAAGGAAACCAGGAGAAGAGUGGACUGACGUAGUGGAUCCGUGUACUCAAUACAAAUGCGCUGGGCAUGGUCUUGUGGUUACCAGAAUCACGUGCCCCUCGGUGCCAGUUCCGGCUGAUUCCCCAUGCUUUUACGAAAACGAUGGGACGUGUUGUCCCCGCUGGUACUGUCUGAGUUGCCCAGACAAGGAAAGCUUCAGUCGUUUGUGUAUCACCUACGAAGACCAGUGCGAUAAUGAUACAAGCUGCGCUUAUGGUGAAAUCUGCUGUUUGGUACCCGGAUGUGGCAAAGAGUGCAUGACGCCAUGUAUAGACGAGUCUGGCAUUCCACGUGCUGUCGGCCAGGUGUGGAAAGAUCCCAGCAAUCCGCAAUUGAGCAAAGUGUGCAGGGAUGAUGGUAUACACAAAGUAACGGAUGAGUGUGACAACAAAUUAAAUGACGACUAUCCAACUCCAACAAAUUUUGAUAUGCCCACGGCUCCUGAGGUCACGAGAACGCUUAGUUUUUUGAAGAACGCAGUGCCUAUAAGAGAUACAGAUUUCUUCUUGAACAAUUUUGUUGCUGGACUGGGCACAGAUUUGAAGAUCUCCAACAGGCCCGCUUCUGCCACUUCUGUUCCAUCCCUUGAGGGCGUCGACCUGAAGGCAGUACAGGCGUUUGCCAAUCAGUACAACUGGACUUCCUUAGUACCUUUAUUGUCAAGAGACAUUUCUAAAGAAACCAGGAGGGCCUUUGACAUUGGGAAUAAGGGUCUACAGCUGAGAGUGAGUAUAAACCUAGAAAUCGAUGCAAGAAAUGAAACUGUGCCACUUGAUUCUCCUUCUGGUAAACAUCAGGAGGCCUUCAGGAGAACUGAUCCGAUAUCGACAGAAAUGGCUAAGCUUGGAUACAUUGUAGGGAGGGCCACAGCUGAUAUAGUAGAAAGUUUCAAGAUCCCUAAACUUGCUGCCACUGGCUUGUCACUACUUGGCGAAUCAAACGAAUGUGCUACGAUGUUCAAGAUGUUCCAGAGACCAGAACUUGCUCCACCUUGUGAUAACAGAAGCCCCUACAGGACCUUCGAUGGUUCUUGUAAUAACCUAAAUGACAGGCUGCGAGGAGCGGCCUUCACAAAAUUUCGACGAUACCUUUUCCCAGAUUAUGGAGAUGGAAUCUCAGAAUUACGGAGGUCUGUCACUGGUGGGAAUUUACCUAGUGCUCGUUUAGUAAGUGCAACACUCAACAGCAAACCUAAUGGGGAAUCUUCGUCGCAUACCAUCCUUCUAAUGACCUACGGCCAAUUUCUGGAUCAUGAUCUUACUGCUACACCUACUGCUAAAGGGUAUCGAGGUAGUCCUAUCAAAUGUUGUGAUGAUUUGAGAGCAACCCUAGAUGACGGUUUAAGACAUCUUAGCGCCACAAAACAGGCCCUGGAACAGGCGAAGUUGAUUGAGCCAUCUCUCCAGGACGGAAAUUCUUUAAACACAGACGCUAUUGAUGCUCUGCUGCUUGAAAUGCAGACGACAAGUGGAACACUGCUCAAUGACUCGAGGCAAGAGGAUCAUCCGGUACCUCCACUUUGGAAGACACACUCUGCCGAAAGCAGAGCUACAAUUAGUCUACCUCCCAGACCAACCAACUUAGAAUGUGCCCCAAUAAGUAUUCCUGUUGAUGACGAGUUUUAUUCACGGCAUGGUCAGACGUGUAUGGAAUUUGUACGGUCAGUUCCAGCACCUAUGUGUACAUUUGGUCCAAGAGAGCAGCUAAAUCAGCACUCGGCGUACUUGGACGGCUCCGUCAUUUAUGGCGUUAAGAAAGAGACAGCCGAUUCUCUGAGGACUUUUCAAAAUGGAGCCUUAAAAGCCCAGGUAACGCUUGAAGGCCAGAGACUGCUGCCUCCCUCACCUAACCUGAAUGAUGGCUGUAAUAUUAGGGAUAAAUUCAAUAGCGGAAAGUUCUGUUUCGUAGCUGGAGACGGACGAGUCAAUGAACAACUAUUACUGGUAUUUUUCCAAACUGUCUGGAAGCGGGAGCAUAACAGGAUUGCCACAACCCUCAAGACUUUUAAUCCAACGUGGGAAGAUGAGAAAUUGUUCCAGGAAACUAGGAGGAUUGUGAUAGCUGAAUUACAACAAGUGACUUACAAUGAAUUUCUGCCUGCUGUUCUUGGACCAUUUGUGAUGAACGCCCUGGAUCUGAAUGUGUUGACAGGUGGGAGAUACAGCACAGAUUAUGACAGCAAGUUAGAUGCAUCUAUUUCUAAUGCCUUUGCCACUGCUGCGUAUCGUUUUGGACAUAGUCAAGUUGCAGAUAUAAUCCUUAAGAUCAAUAGAUUUGGAGUUCCGAGCACAGAAGAGUUGUCUUCGCUCUUCUUCUUCCCCUUUUCUCUCUACGAACAAGAUACUGUGGGUAACUUGGCCAGAGGAGCAACUUCCCAGCCAUCGGCUAGAGUGGAUGCUUACUUCUCAAAGGAGGUUUCGGGCAACCUUUUCAAAGGCUCCCUGCCUUUUGGUUUGGACCUGGUGGCUCUUAACAUCCAGCGAGGAAGAGAUCAUGGAAUCAGAGGGUAUACGCAAUGGAGGAGUCACUGUGGAUUGGAUCCCAUUAACUCCUUUGCUGGUCUUAAUUCGGUUAUGGACGACCAUAUCGUUGAAGGUUUCCGGAAAGUUUACAGGAGUGUUCACGACAUAGACUUGUUCGUUGGGGGAGUGUCGGAACGUCCCGUCUACGGUGGGAUACUUGGCCCAACGUUUACCUGUCUCGUUGCUGACCAGUUUUUGAGAAUCAAAAAAGCCGAUCGGUAUUGGUUUGAAUAUCAGGAUGGCCCUGCGUCUUUUACUGCAGCUCAGCUGACUCAGUUGCAUAAAGUAACUCUUGCGAGGAUUCUGUGCAAUAAUAUUCCAGAACUAGAGAGGAUACAGACUCGUCCGCUUGAGGCAGUAGAUUCCACGAACCAGAUCAGGCCGUGCCAUCGUGUGGCAACAUACAGCCUUAACCCCUGGAGACAGCGCCCAUUACAAUUUCCAGGGUCGGAGACAUAUGCGCCUGAGGAGGAAAUAUAGACUAAGCUGCAGCUUUUAGAAUUAUGCCACUGCUAAUUGCAAGUCAUGUUAGGAUUUCGGUAGCUUUUUAUGAUGUUACAUUGGCGCAUUUUUAGCAUUCUGUAAGUCUCUUGUUAUAAUAGGAGUAAUUUUAAAAUAA